AAGUGCCGAGAUAUCUGUCCAAAAAUUAAUAAUUUCGGCAUUUUUUGGAUAAUGGCUUGGAUUGUAGCAGAGGCGCCAUCUGAAGGGGCGAAAGUAAAACUACCCUGACAUCUUGCCUGACAUGCGGGCAAGUAUAAACAAAAGGCUGAGAUGCAAUUAAUUUGUGAUUGUGAACGUUAAUUAAUGCGGAGAUGAGUGAGCGACUAAAGGAGCUGCGAGAACGCUCGCAAAAGAGAAAGCAGUUGCUAGCCAGAACGUUUGGAGUAGGAAGUGUUCAGGAGCUGAGCAGAGUUUUAGGAACGGUAGAUGAAAUUCCUGUGAAGAAACAACAAACUGAACCCCCCAAGGAGGACAUCGAUAAAGGGAAAGUGCCUGAAAACUCUGAAGAAAAUGCAGACUCGGAUAAUCUCGUUUACACCGACUCGUCCACUUUCCUCAAAGGAACGCAGUCAUCAAACCCCCACAACGAUUACUGCCAACACUUUGUAGAUACAGGGCAACGUCCUCAAAAUUACAUACGAGAUGUAGGUCUGGCAGACAGAUUCGAGGAGUACCCCAAACUUCGGGAACUGAUCAAGUUAAAAGACGACUUGAUUUCCAAAACUGCAACGCCUCCCUCAUAUUUGAAGUGUGACCUGCACUCAUUCGACUUAAAGAACCUGAAAAGCAAGUUCGACGUCAUCCUAGUGGAACCACCCCUCGAAGAGUACCAAAGAACUAUGGGGGUUACAAACAUGGAAUUCUGGGGAUGGGAGCAGAUUAUGGAGCUGGACAUCGGAGAAGUUGCUGCACCUCGUAGUUUUAUUUUCCUGUGGUGUGGAUCCUCAGAUGGCUUGGACUUGGGCCGCUACUGUCUACGAAAGUGGGGUUUUCGGAGAUGUGAAGAUAUCUGCUGGAUUAAAACCAACAGCAACAAUCCCGGUCACUCAAAAAAUUUGGAUUCCAAAGCAGUUUUCCAGCGCACAAAGGAGCACUGUCUGAUGGGGAUAAAAGGAACAGUCAGAAGAUCGACAGACGGAGAUUUCAUUCAUGCCAACGUUGACAUUGAUCUCAUCAUAUCAGAGGAGCAGGACUACGGUUGCUUGGACAAGCCUGUUGAAAUAUUUCACAUCAUUGAGCACUUCUGUCUCGGUCGCCGAAGGCUCCAUGUAUUUGGUCGAGAUAGCACAAUACGUCCGGGCUGGCUGACUAUUGGCCCUGCAUUGACAAACAGCAACUUCAACGGAGACCAAUAUUCCGGAUACUUUAGCAAUGGUCAGCUGACCACAGGCUGCACCGAGAGAAUAGAAGCGUUGAGACCCAAAUCACCUCCGCCCAAAGGUAAAGGACCUCCAGGUUCAAGAGGACGGGGUGGUGGAUCCAGAGGUGGCUUCCGCGGCAGAGGUCGGGCCCGAUAGAUUUUCCAUUUUUUUUUAACCAGGAUUGAUUUUUAAUGUCUGCAUUUUCUUAAUUGUGAAUGUCCUCUUUUAACUUUUAUCUCUUUAUUGGUAAUAUAUAUAAUUAUUCACGCUACAUGAAGUUGUUAUCAAAUAAAUUAUAACAUCUGAAAGAUUAUCUUGUUUCUCAUCUCUAGCAAAAUUGAAACAAAUGUCUAAGCUUACAGUCAAAACAGUAAAAAGAUUACAAUUAGCCUUUUAAUCACAAUCAUCCUAAUUUCAUUAACAGUCAUUCAUAUUAUCUUCUACGCUACCCUUCACCGACCGAUUUAAAAGUUUGCAGCUUCCACUGCAAUGCUCAGUAUGUCCAAUGUUUCAAUCUCUUAUUCAAUCAUUGUUUGUUGUCGGCACUUUUCUGAAAUAAUUUGGUGACCAUUUAAGUAAUACCGGUUACUUUCAAGAGUACAAAUUGCCUCUAGAAGUUGAUAAAAAAAAUGUCAAGUUAAUGAGAACAACAGUUUCUCAUCCUCUGACACCUGCAUUAAAAAAAGAUGUGCCCUUUUCAGAAUGAUUAACUAACACUUAAAUAAAAAUUACUUAAUUACUUUCUGUCAAUGUUUUUUGGUGUCAGAGUUUUGAGAUCAUGAAAUUGUACAUAAAAUCAACUGGGUACCAUAGUACCGCAUUGACAACACAAAAUAAGGUCAAUGAGGACAUCAAUUUCAAAAUUUAAACGCAAGUUGUAAGUUUGAUGUUAACAGAACAUUUUUGAGAAAGUUCAUUAUUUGUGAUAUACCAAGAAUAAGAAAAAUUGACAGAAGGUAAUGUUAAAAUUUGUUGAUUGAUAUCAACCAUUUCAAUUAAAAUUAGUUGAGUUUUAUGAAUUGGCAAUAUAAAAAUCCCUAUCGAUUUCACAACACAUUCUAGCAAAAAGCAGAUCUGUUCAAAACAGUCUUUAUAUUUAAAUUACAGAGCCAACUAUAUCAUUUUGUUUGAAAUUGCCUAUACUUAAAUCCACUUUUGUACUGAAAUUCCUGCUGAAAUUGUUCUCUUGCACCUAAACCGUUUCAGUUCUUACUUCGGAAGUCAACAAACGCAUCACACUUUCUUCAGGUUUUCUUCAAUUCGUUAAUUGUCACACUUUGAUGAUGGCACCUUUUUGGCAAGCCUUUAAUCUUAUUAAAUCUAGUACGUAAUUGAGUAAUGAAGAUCAGAGAAAAAUGCAGUGAUGAGCACUUUUACACUUGAAAAGUUUUUGUACGUUUGUCUUUCCCACUGGCGAGUUGCCCAAAUGCCCAGCAGUGUGUUAGUCAUCUAUCAAUCCCAACAGAGCAGUGUUUUUUUGUUUCAAUGUUCACCAGGCAAAGAAGCAUUGUUUUUAACUUAUGAAGGGCGUAUGAUGAUGUGAGGCAAACGACUUGAUGUUAAAAAUGAGUUGAUUCUCCUGAAAGAAAAACUUACUGUUCAACUGAUCGUGAGCGGGGCAUUUUUGUUUGUUUUAACUUCUGCCCUCACCUCUCCUGAUGCAAUUAAGCUCCACUCCGAGUAUAUACCCAAGCGUUACAAAUCGUUUUGCGGCAGCAAUGCAUAAAACAACAUACCUCCAAUGGCAAUUUUUCAACCAAAGCAACAGAGCAGGCUUUGUUAGUUGCUGGUCGUUCAAAUAGUUUAAAACCACUACCUCAUUGGAAGGAAGCGAAAGCAGGAAGAAAAGGAAGACAAAGCACAGAGAUAUAUAGUUUGCAGCUCAAUUAUUUAUUUCUCCAGAGUGUGUGUAUUUGAUUAGUUGUCGUUUUUGCAAUAAAAUUCUUCUCCGUCUUGGUACACGAAUACAGAAACAUCAUGUUCAUUUUUCUCCAGCAAAACAUCUUUACUCAUAUUUUUUUUUUU